GGGAGGCCUCCGCGCGAGGACUGGCACCUCCCGACGGGGGGACCGCGGAGAACAGUGUCCGGAGGACCCGGGUCACCUCCUGUCCGUUGUCUCCUAGACUCCAGCGUUGGUGGGAGAUGGCAGCUUCCCGCAGCCCCUGCCUGCGCGGGGGGCUGCUCACCCUCCUUCUCCUCCAGCUGCCGCGGCUGCAUUCAGCUCGCUUCGACGUGGUCGGGCCCCCCGAGCCCAUCCUGGCCAUGGUGGGCGACGACGCGGAGCUGCCCUGCCACCUGUCCCCGAACGCGAACGUGAGCGCGGCCGGCGCGGAGCUGCGGUGGCUCCGGGAGCGGGAGUCCCCCGCGGUGCUGGUGCACCGGGCCGGGCGCGCGCAGGACGCGGAGCAGAUGGCCCGCUACCGGGGCAGAGCCGCGCUGGUGCAGGACGGCCUCGCCCAGGGCCGCGUGGCCCUCAGGAUCCGCGGGGUCCGGGCCUCGGACGACGGGGAGUACCGGUGCCUCUUCAAGCAGGACGACGGCCACGGAGAGGCCAGCGUGCGCCUGCAGGUGGCCGCUCUGGGCUCGGAUCCUCACAUCCACGUGGAAGUUCAAGGCAAUGGGGAGACCCGGCUGGAGUGCACCUCGGCCGGGUGGUUCCCCGAGCCCCAGCUGCAGUGGAGAACACCCAAGGGGGAGGAGCUUUCGUCGGCGUCGGAGUCCAGGGAGCCCGACGAAGAAGGCCUGUUCUCUGUGGCGGCUUCGGUGAUCGUCGAGGACACGUCCGAGAGGAAUGUGUCCUGCUGUAUCCGAAACGUUCUUCUCGGCCAGGAGAAGGAAGUGGGAACUUCCAUACCAGCUCCCUUCUUCCCAAGACUGACGCCCUGGAUGGUGGCUGUGGCUGUCAUCUUGAUAGUCCUAGGAGUCCUCACCACCGGGUCCAUAUUUUUCACCUGGAGACUCUACAAGGAACGAUCCAGACAGAGGAAGAAGGAAUUCAGCUCUACAGAGAAACUCCUGGAAGAGCUCAAGUGGAAGAAGGCCACACUGCAUGCAGUCGACGUGACUCUGGAUCCAGACACCGCCCACCCCCACCUCCUUCUGUACGAGGGUUUCAAGUCGGUCCGGCUGGAAGACGCUCGCCAGAAACUGCCCGAGAAAGCAGAGAGAUUCGACUCCUGGCCUUGCGUGCUGGGCCGGGAGGCCUUCACCUCGGGGAGACAUUACUGGGAGGUGGAGGUGGGAGACAGGACCGACUGGGCGAUCGGGGUGUGCAGGGAGGGCGUGGCGAAGAAGGGCUUUGACCCCAUGACUCCCGAGAACGGGUUCUGGGCUGUGGAACUGUAUGGCAAUGGGUACUGGGCCCUCACGCCCCUGCGGACCCCCCUUCCCCUGGCGGGACCCCCCCGCCGGGUUGGGGUUUUCCUGGACUAUGAGUCUGGAGAUGUCACCUUCUACAACAUGACCGACGGGUCCCUCGUCUACAGCUUCUCCAACGCAGCUUUCUCCGGCCCCCUCCGGGCCUUCUUCUGCCUGUGGUCCUGUGGCAAAAAGCCCCUGACCAUCUGCCCGAUCACUGAUGAGCUUGAGGGGGUCACAGUAGUCGCUGAUGCCACGGACCCUUCCCUGGAGAUCCCACUGUCCCCGAUGGGCGAGGAUGCUGCCUCCGGGGACACAGACAUGCUUCGUUCUAAACUAAUCUCUACCCAGCCCAGCCAAACGGCACCUUAAGGACAACCCCAGCUGAGCCGUUCCCUUUUGCUCCCUGUCUGCCCCCCCUCCCCUGCUGGGGGCCUCAGCUGCCAGCUUCGCCCAGCUCCCCUGCUUCCUGUCACCUAGGGAUCCUUAGUCGGGAAAGUGGCAUUGCUGUUGCUAGAAAGUGUGGGGUGUAAGACCUUCCAAAUCUGUUUCUGUACCAGUGCUCAGGGGCCAAGGAGGUGUCAACUUCUGUUCUCCUACCUCUUGAAGCCAGAUCCUAAGGGGGAGGACUUGAAACAAACUCAAGAGAAAGCCCAGGGAUUGAGGUGGGGUUAGGUUGUCAUGGGGUCCAGAGGAACAGGCAAGCGGAAAUCUCAGAGGGUUUUGGGAACAUGAGACUGAGGCUGAAACCCCAUAAAGAAACCCAGAGGGGACAUUGUGAUGGAAGAAAGUGAAGUGCCCCCAGGCCAGUGAUGUACAGCUGGCCUGCCCCUGCAGGCUUAGGCCUGUGUCUCGAAUUUCCUGGGCCCACCAUGCAGGGCAGAGGAAACGGCCCUGCUGCUGUGGGGCUGAGCCUCGGGCAACGUGGAGCAGAGAGGAGAUGCCAGAGCAGGCCCAGGGUGUCAGCCGCAAGCUGGGCAGAGCAGCGGGGUUAUGACAGAACCCAAGGCUGUGUGCAGAGCUGUCUCUCAGACCCUGUUCCCCUCAGCGCCAGCCCACUGCUCCCUCGCCUGGGGGUUGCUCCACCCCCACUCCGUGGGCUCCAUGGUCUCCACCUCUCUUCCUCCGUUUCAGAGGCAUGUUCAGGAAUCACCCCUCAGCGGUACCACCACCACUUCAUGGGCCACUGUCGCAGCCUCGGGCCCCCUCAGCCCUCAUCCCAACGUCCUGUUUCACCCCACAAGCACAACUGUAGCAGCACCAACUGCUCUCUAAUCCCACACGGCGCCCCGUGCACCCUCCCCCCUCGCAGCCUUCCCACCCUCGCCUCUCCUCGGGCCCCCUGAGUGCAGCCGUGUCUCUGCUCAGGGCAGCUGCCCUGAUUGCUCCCGCCUGUAUUUGCCUUUUCCGUGCACCCCUGGCUUGUCUGGCCAACGGGGCCACACAUUUAUCUACAUUGCCCACUUCGAUUGUAUUUUCCCAGCGUUCAGAUGUAUGUCGCCAGGGUCGUAACCUAAUAAAUAAGUCUGUCUGGUUUC